CAGACAACGCGCUGGAGUUAUUCCACUCUUUCCCUUUCACCACACCUGUGGCCAUGGCCAACUCUCACCCAGAUGAAGCUACUCCCCUCCUAGAAAAUGGCAACGGUGUAGUAGUACGGAAACCAUUUUCUACCCGUGUUGCAGACAUUUUCAAAGGAGACGGCCAACCUUCCUCAUUGGUCUCCUUCAAGUUCUUUUUCUUUGGAUCAUGGCUCAACGUUCUGCUUAUCUUCGUACCUCUCGCCGGUCUCGCCCAUUAUUUGGACUGGGAUGCUGCCCUUCGUUUCGCCUUUUCUUUCGUAGCUAUCAUGCCACUCGCGUCGCUCCUUGGAACUGCAACCGAUCAACUUUCUCUAGAGCUUGGUCAGACUCUGUCUGGUCUCCUUAAUGCGUCAUUCGGAAAUGCAGUCGAAAUCAUUGUCGGUAUCACUGCGCUCAUGCAAGGCCAAAUUCGAAUCGUACAGACUUCUCUUCUCGGUUCCAUUCUGUCAAACUUGCUUCUUGUUCUAGGCUGUUCUUUCCUCGCAGGCGGUUUAAGAUACUCUGAAAGUAACUUUCAGGUUACAGCUGCCCAGGCUUCAAGUUCCCUCAUGACGCUCACAUGCAUCACCCUCGUCAUUCCGGCUGCCUAUCACAGCUCCAAGUCUCACGGCGGGGGCUUUGGUAAUAGCACGGACUCCGCAUACGCCCACCAAUCUGCCAAAUUCCUGCUCAAUUCUCUCGACACCGUAGUCGAUGGUACCGACCUUGAUGGUCCAUCUGAGAGUGGUCUCAGGAUUAUUUCUAGGGGCACCGCCAUCCUGCUUUUGAUUGUCUAUAUUGCCUACCUAUACUUCCAGCUUAAGUCACAUGCACAUCUCUACGAGGCCGCCGAAUCUGACGAGGAACCCGAACAUGCGAGGAUGAACACUGUGUCUGCCGGCGCUUCCUUAUUUGGUGUCACCGUCAUGACAGCGUUCUGCGCAGAUUGGUUGGUCGCCUCCAUAGAAGAAACCGCUGAAAGAUACUCUAUUCCCAAGGCCUUCAUCGGUCUUAUUCUUCUACCCAUUGUGGCUAAUGCAGCGGAACACGUCACAGCUGUUUGGAUGGCACUGAAAAAUAAGAUGGAACUGACUAUCGGAAUAUGUGUUGGUAGCUCAAUUCAAAUUGCAGCCUUUGUCGUACCAUUGCUGGUAAUCGUUGGCUGGAUCACUCGUCACGACCUCACUUUGUUCUUUGCCGACUUCGAGACCAUUGUUUUAUUCGUCUCUGUGCUUUUGGUCAAUUUCCUGAUCCAAGAUGGAAAGUCGAAUUACAUGGAAGGUCUCAUGUUGGUCAUGUUGUACCUGGUCAUUGCCCUCGCAUUUUGGGUUUCCUAAGUUAUGGAGGGGAUUUGAGGUAUAAGGCAACGUCUCAUAUUAUCCUCUAUGCACGCGCCCCGCCCUCAUUUGCGACACCCCUUGUUUAUCCAUUCGUAUCACGUCAAUGCGACCCCUGCAUCCCGCCUAUACCACUUUUUGUUACUUACUCUGCUUGGACAUUGUUGUAUCGGUUGAUCUGCCUGGUGCUUGUUAUACAGUCCUAUGCCGCGAUGAUCCUUGUGAUCUUGCUUUAUAGAGUGACGAAAUCUAACCUGACCUGACC